AUGCCGCAUAUCCUGUCUUUUAGCAGAGACGUGUCUGAUGUCCUUCCGAUUCUCGGCGUACCCUUUUACUUGGUGGAAACCAUGAGGCGAGGAAAGUCUCUUCGCAGCUAUCUGGCCGCACUGCGAGAAUCUCAAACCAUUUCAGCAAACAGGGCGAACGAGAUUCGGUCCAAUAUCUACGAGCAAAUUUCUCAAUACUACCUCGAACUGCGCCGUUUGACGAUGGGCCGGAUAGGCUCCGUGAGUGCAGACAGCUCUGGGAAGUGGGAAGUUACCAAACGCCCAUUCACGGGUAGUAUGGAAUACCUUCUGUCCGAUAUCCCUGCUUGUCUCAUGCACGAGUGGCCUGAAGAGCCGUUCAGUACCGCAGAAGAUUAUUUCUGGUUUAUGAGCGAACAAAACAUGGCCGCUCUUUGGGGUCUGCGCAGCCUGAGUGUACCAAGGCGACUAGACCCUGUUGCUGACGAUGUUUUUCCGCAAUGGGAAGAUGAUGAAUUCAACUUCGAUCCGGAAAAGGUUGCCAGGUGCGCCCGGCUUCGUUUCAGGGCCCGACAUGGGUUCCUCCAGCUCAUCAAAGAACUUGCAACUGAGGAAGAGUAUUCAAACGGCCCCUUUGUGCCAGCCAUGCCACACUUGGACUGGGAGCUCUUCCGUGUCGACUAUGACCAAAGAACGGGGAAAAUCAAUUAUGUCUUCGAACCGACGACCAUGAACUUCUUGCCUCUCCCAUUUCUGUGCAUACCGCCUCCCUGGCUUACUCUCAAGCCGGUGAUGAGCUACAUUGAUCGGAACAAACUUGACUCUUUUAUCGAACAGUAUGAGAAGGAACUGCCAAGGUUCCUAGAAGCUAUGAAAACCGUGGAAAGGCGAUUGGCAAAUACAGAUUCAAUCCUAGAAAAUGAGAAGCCGUUGUCAACUCUCAUGCUCGAGUCUUGGAAAAAUAAGAGAUUUUGGUUUCACUAUGCUCUUGAAAACAUACAAGCUGUCGAUCAGCUGUACUAUGGGGUGCUCUAUCAACUUCACCCAGGAGGAAAACCUUUUGAACUGUCCCCGGCUCUUGAGGUUGAGAUGGAAAAGUACGUUGAACAUAGCAUGGAGCAAAUUUAUGCCUGCCGUAAGGACUAUGACAAAUUUGUGAAGGAGGCUAAAGAUUGA